CUAAUCAAGCGGUUUAUUUAGCACUAUUAAAACCCAGAGACAAGAUUUUAAGUUUGAACCUUUUGUCUGGCGGACAUUUGACUCAUGGAACGCCAGUUAAUUUUUCCGGAAUUUUCUAUCAAGUUCAUUAUUAUAAUUUAGGUCCCAACACCCAAAAGUUAGAUUACGAGACUGUUAGAAAAAUAGCCCAGGAAGUGCGUCCGCAGUUAAUAAUUGCUGGCUAUAGUAGUUAUAGUUUACAAAUAGAUUUUGCUAAAUUUCGGCAAAUUGCUGACGAGGUGGAGGCCUAUUUGCUGGCUGAUAUCUCUCAUGUGGCUGGAUUAGUGGCUGCCGGUUUAUUUCCCAAUCCAGUUCCUUAUGCGGAUGUAAUUACUUUAACCACUCACAAGACCUUGCGAGGACCGCGCGGAGCCGUAAUUUUGACCAAAAAGGGGUUGGGACAAAAAAUAGAUAAAGCGGUUUUUCCGGGCAAUCAAGGCGGACCUAAUCCGGCCAUUAUUGCCGCCAAAGCCCAGUGUUUUUUUGAGGCUUGGCAACCAGAAUUCAAAGAAUAUCAAAAAAAAGUGCUACAAAAUGCGAAAGUAAUGGCUGAUUAUUUUUGCCAAAAAGGG